UUUUGUUUUGUUUUGUAUGUCAGUGCGACCAAAAAUCGGUUACCUGGAAACAGUCAAUCGCAAACAAAUACUUAUGUCAGAAGUUUAUCGGACCUUAAGUUGUCAAAAGCAGUUUUAUUGAUUUAGCAAGUUUAUUAAAUAUACUAUAGAAAACAAAUAAAUCAUGAACCAAGACGAUGCCAUCAAAAGUAUUUUAGAGAAAUAUAAUCGAGCGGAAAUAGAAGAAAAUAAAAAACUGGAUGCAAUAAAAAAGCAAGAAAAGAGUUUGGAAAAAUUAAAUACAUUACAGUCAGCAUAUUCUAACAGCAAGAUUAAACAACGAUUGGAUUGUAAGGAAACCAUAAUAUAUAAUGCCGAUAUCAUAAAGUCCUUAGAAAUGGCUAAAGCGCGCCUACGUUCCCGAUCGGUUUACUCACCACUUGAGCCGAUAUUAGAGAAAGCUAUUAAUAAUUAUAAAAAGGAUUUAGUUUUAUGUUGUGCCGAUAAAAAUUUAAAUAAUUCAACUCAUAUAAUCGAGGAAGAAACGUGAGAUGCAGAUCAAUUUUGAGAUGAACAUGAAGACUAGUCAAGUAUCUGUUUGACUGCGACGAAUACCAAAAACAUAUUUAAAAACUACUCAUCGCAUCAGUUGCUCUUAUGGUACACCAAUAAUUGUAUAAUAAAAUGUAUCGCACAAUUUAAUACUACAAUCUCCCUUGAGAGUUUACUCAGUUGGUUCCAGUGUCAAUAUUUAAUGGAAUGAUUCAAAUGAAAAAUUUCGGCCAAAUUUAUUUAACGCUGUGCACAUA